AACAGUAAAAAGAAGAGGCGAAGAAGAAGGGGAAAAAAAAAAAAAAAAAAAAGAGCAGCGGGUUCACAACGUUUGAUUAUCCAAUUUUCUUUGCCUCUUUUGCCACUCUCUUCGCAACAAUGCUGCAAAUUACGAAUGUUCCACUCUAAAAAAUAAAGGUGAUAUUUUAUCCUUAUUGAUUUUUCGGAAAUCUUCCUAUAUUUCCGUUCAAAUUCUCGAAAACAUUUUAUUUUGAAUGGUUUCAAUUCAAUUAGUUAUCACGGCGCUUGGAGUUGACACUUCAUUGUUGGGGUGCAUCGUAUAGCCGUUCACCUUUUCGACGAAAUGCGUAAGAGUAAAAUAAACCCAAAUAUUGAAGCCUCCUCGUUGCAAGGAACUAGUAUUACAAGUUUCCAAAUUGCACCGUUUUUAAGCAUUGUAAUAUAGAUUGGGGUAAUGGGUAGUAAAACUUUGUUCAAGUGGCCCAAGCAAAUCACAAAUUCCGUAGUUGAGCACCUAAUACGAGUAGAAAAGGAUGUGCACAAAGCUCUCCUUUUGUUCGAUUCUGCAACGGCUGAAUAUAGCAAUGGGUUUCGUCAUGAUCACAAAACUUUUGGUCUCAUGAUCUCUAGGUUAGUCACUGUGAACCAGUUUAGGUCUGCAGAAGGGAUGCUUGAGAGAAUGAAGCAAGAAAAUUGUAUGGUUACAGAGGAUAUAUUUUUAACUAUAUGUAGGGGUUAUGGACGCGUGCAUAGGCCACUUGAUGCCAUCAGAGUGUUCCACAAGAUGGAAGACUUUCAGCUUAAUCCUACUCAAAAGGCUUACUUUACAAUACUUGAUAUUCUUGUGGAGGAAAACCAUGUAAAGAGGGCUGUUGGGUUUUACAAGGAGAUGAGAGAAAUGGGCAUUCCACCUAGUGUUGUUUCCCUCAAUAUUUUGAUCAAGGCCCUCUGCAAAAACAAGGAAACUGUUGAUUCUGCCUUACGGAUGUUUCGGGAAAUGCCCAACCGUGGAUGCCUGCCAGAUUCGUAUACGUAUGGUACAUUGAUUAAUGGGCUGUGUAGACUUGGUAGAAUCACCGAGGCAGAAGAGCUAUUUAAGGAGAUGGAGCAGAAAGGUUUUUCAGCUUCUGUUGUUACCUAUACUAGUUUGAUACAUGGCAUGUGUCAGUCUAAUAAUUUGGAUGAAGCUAUAAGAUUGCUUGAAGAGAUGAAAAAAAAUGGCAUUGAGCCAAAUGUUUUUACUUAUAGUUCUCUAAUGGAUGGUUUAUGUAAAGGUGGUCAUUCAUCACAAGCAAUGGAGUUGUUGGAAGUGAUGGUCAGAAAGCACCAUUUGCCUAACAUGGUCACUUAUAGUACUUUAAUCAAUGGACUGUGUAAAGAGGGAAAGCUUAAUAAGGCUGUGGAGAUUCUUGACAGGAUGAGGCUUCAAGGGUUGAAACCAAAUGCAGGGUUGUAUGGGAAAAUCAUUAGGGGCUUCUGUGCUGCAGGCAGCUAUCAAGAAGCUGCAAACUUCAUUGAUGAGAUGGUGCUUGGUGGUAUCUCUCCAAAUCGAGCAAGUUGGAGCCUUCAUGUUAGCAUGCAUAAUAUGGUGGUCCAAGGCCUUUGUAAUAAUAUUGAUUCACCUCGCGCAUUUCAUUUGUAUCUAAGUAUGCGUACUAGGGGUAUCUCUAUUAAAAUUGGCACUUUUGACUGUUUAAUCAAAUGUUUUUGUAAGAGAGGAGACCUGCACAAAGCUGCUCGAAUUCUUGAUGAAAUGGUAUUAGAUGGCUGCAUUCCAGAUGAGGGAAUAUGGAGUGUAGUAAUGGGUGGACUUUGGGAUCGAAAAAAAGUGAGAGAAGCCACUGAACUACUGCUGGAUGAGCUGAAGCAGAAGUUUGUUGAAGCUGAAAGUUAAGUUUUGAGGGUCUACAGAGAUUGACCAAACAUGUGCAGCCUUUUCAAUUCAUGGUCUCACUUCCUCAUCUCAAAUGGUUGUCUCUUGAUCAGUGUCUCUCUGGUCUAAUGUUUAAAGCUUAAAAUUGAGGAAGUAAAUAUGCUGCUCGGAAGAUUUACAAAUAAGCUUACCCUGGCCCCAAUUUUUAUAUUUCACAUAACCUCACUCUCUUUUUUGGGGACACUGCCUUGGUUUUAUCCCAAUCGGAUGUGAAACUUCAAUGCGGAACACGUUUGUUGGAAAAAAUUUUCCGGAGUCCUGGUAAACUCAGGUAAUUGCAAAAUCAUUUGUUUGAUCAAACUCAUACCUUCUGGUUGAAGUUUUUUGUCAAUUCCUAGAAAACUUGUUGCUCAGUCCGUUUCAGUAAUUUUGGAAAAUUCAAGCAUUCCUCAGUUUUCUGAUAGUGUAAUUGCUAACAUUUUAGUUGACAUUCUUAAUAUGCAGAUUGCAUUUUACAUGGCCCGACACAUAUGGGAUUUAAUUUAUUAUCAUUUUGUUUAAUGUUGGAAUCACAUUAUGAACUUAUGUCAGAUAAAAGGGGAACACCAGAAUUUUUAUUUUUAAUUUUGUGGAAAAAACUUAGGAUGAGGGGAUCUUAUCCAAAUCUAAGGUUGGGAAAACUUUUGAGUUCAGAAAGUAAUUAUAAAAAACUUACAUUUGAGAGAAAUUUACAUGAGUUACUGUUAUUAUUAACUCAUGGGUAAAUGAGUGUUUUUUAUUACUUUAACUUGUUUAAUAAUCACUCUUGAAAUUGACUAAACAUUUCAAGUUUUUCUGGUUGUAUACUUUUUAGUCUUAAGUUGUGGUCUUUGUUAUUGGAUAUAUAUAAAAAAAGACAAGUCGUUUGAGGUGAGAUUCAAUUCGUUGACGAGUUGCUCAAGCAAUCAAUUCCCCAUUAGAAAAAAAAAAAAAAACCUUGGCGUAAAAUAUAUCUUGCGUGAUCAAGAGUGUGCUUAUAAAUUCUAACUAACGAAUUGAUAGAGAAGACUUCCCCAUGCUAGGUUUAAUCCAGGUUUAAAUGCAUUAAACGAAAAUAUUGAAAAACAACCUUUAAAUCGAAUAAUAUACAAUUUAAAUAAUGUAUUGGAUAUAUAAAUAUGUUCAAAACACAAGAAUUCGUUAUUGAAACCGGUAACAACGAUGAAUAUUAAUAGAACUGGAACAUUAAUUUGUUGAGAGGGGGAAGCCAAUUCCAUGUCUCUGUGUAGGAAAUGCAACAAAGAACAUGCUGCCAAAAACGCCAAUGGCUACUGGCAAUGCUGUGAGGAUUUCCUGUGUCUCAUUUGAAGGUGCUGGAAAGAAGCAAUUCACCACAUUCUGAUCAAAAAGUGCAAUUGCUGCAAACACCAAAACUGACAUCACUGCAUGCAUGAAAUCUAUAAACCUCAGGCGAUACUUUGCAGCAAGUUGAGAUGGAAGGGUAGUUGAUCCAUCAAUGACCCACAAGCCCCUGAGGGUAGCAAACCCAUAACAGAUAUUCCCCUUGUUGUCUCUGAAGCUAUCAGUGAAACAUAACAAAAAGCAUGAGGCACCACAGAGAGCCACAAGUGAAGCAGUCAUGACCUUGCUGACAGAGUCACAGGUGCCAAUGUUUGUGAAGAUUGGUGACAGAAGUUGAAAUGCAAGGACUGUGCCAGUUGGUAAAAGGUUGGCCAAAUGGGCUGUGCUCUGAAAUGUCUGGCUGAUGGCUUUCUGAAUCAGGUUCCUCUCUGCUUCUGGCACCUCAGUGUUUCGCAGAAGAGGGAGAGUUUCUUCAUCAUGGUUCCUAGAAUCAUCCGUUUCUAAUGUGAUGUCCAUGGCUUGUACAACAACCUUUUAGCUGCCUCUGAUGUUAUUGUUUUUAUUACCUUUGUGUAUGCUGCAUAGGUUGUGUAGAAAAGGUAUAUCUAUAUAGGUUAGCAAAUUUGAGUGGUGCCAAAGGGAGGGAGGGAAAGGAAAGGAAGAGAAGGGAAGCGAUGUUUUGUCAUUACUUGCAAGAAACACAUACUCAAAACUUGAUAAACCCACUUUC